AAUGUUUGAUCAUCUAAUUAAGGAUAUAACACACAAUUAUUAAUUUUUCGCUGUAAAAUGUUUGAUGAUCAUUCGUUUAUGAAUAGAUUUUGUUUGGUUUCAGCACUAAACAGUUUUCUUUCAUUGGCCAGCCACUGACAAGUACCAAACUCCUUCGAAACAGCUAAACUAAUUUGGUUGAAAUUUUGUGUGUAGGUAUAUCAGGCAAUACAACGGUUGCGGUUUGUUCCCAAUGAACUCCUAAAACUACUAAUGAACGGAUUUUUAAUGGGGAUUACUUCAUGGAGUGCAGCUUAGAACUUGAGAGAUUUUUUCUUGAAACAGAAGUAAUAGAAAAACAUGAGAUUUUUGAUUGUGACAGUUUUAAUAGCGUUGGUGGCUGCAUUAGAAUAUGAUGAUAAAAUAAAGGAUUAUGAUAGUGAAAAUUCAUCCGUUGAUUCUGUGAGUAACGAGGUUUUUAAGAAUAGCUCAAGAGAGAAACCUCCCAGGAUCGCUAGUAUAGAAGUGGAUAGCCAAGAAGGUAUGACGUCGGUGCGCGAACAAUUAGCAAUCAAUGAAACUACAGUGAGGCCUAAAAUGAUUGUUUGGGAUUACUCAUUCUCAGUAUCAAUACAGAAGAGGAACACGCACUACGCCACCGGCGCUCUCGUGUCCGACAGAUGGAUAAUAACAGCCGCUGCAGAUUUUUAUAAUGUCCGCGAGUCAAUCAAACUAUUCCGAGCUCGUUUUGGAACUGUGAACUGCAAGAAGGGUGGUGUUCUAAGAGCUCUGAAAGGCAUAGAAGUUCAUCCACUGUAUGUACCGAACAAUCCGGAUUACGACGUUGCCUUACUGCGGUUAGCUCAGCCAAUAAUAUUCAGUGACGUCAUCAAACCGAUAUCGAUUUCGAAACAUUCAGUAAACAUUGUGAGCGCGAAGUUUCGAACUACCUACUGGCCACGGUUAAUUGUAAAUGGUCAAGUCUUGCCCGAAACGGCGAAAGAGAGAACAAAGCAGAACAACAUGAGAGUAUCAGCCCAGAAGACUAUACCCUGGGAGAAAUGCAACCAGCUGUUACAAUCAUCAAACUACACGCUGGACCAUUCCUCCAGUUGUUUGGAGCCCAUUGUGACGCACCACAGCACUUGCAUGCCUGACGUUGGAGCACCAGUUACAGCUGAUGAAGAACUAUGGGGCAUCACAUCUGGGUGGACUUUACCUGACUGUGACGCGAAAAACAGUCCAACACUGUUCACGAAGUUAGCAGCGCGAGAUGUUCAGGCCUGGCUUACGACCUUCUUCAAUGUCUGAUUUCCUAUAGAAAUAUUCUAGUAAAAAUAGAGACUUCCAAAACUUCUUUCGUUGGAGCAAUUGAAGAAUUGCACAUGAAAACCCAAUUGGAUCGUUAUUUGAUCUGAUUAUCGAUAGAGUCCAAUUCUAUGAUAAGUUUCAGUACGAAGUCAAUAUUUCUUUUCUUGAAUUAUAAUACAUUAUAUAUCGAUCAGUGACGUAGCGUGCCAUGGCAGGACCCCGUAUAAAAUUUGUUUGGGGCCCUUAUGAAGGGUAAAGAUUUCUCACAAAAGAACUUAUAAAAUUUAUUAAAAUAUAAUAAUUAUUCGUCAAAAUUAUCUAUCUGUCACUUUUUCCAAAAUUUUUAGAAACAAUUCAAAUUAAAUAUACACUCUCCUUGCAGUUUUUCGACAUGCAGCAAUUUUUUUUAUUAAUUUUUGCUUACACACGGGGGCGUAUAAUUGAUACGGCAUAUACGGCGGAAGCUACGACCCUGAUAUCGAUUAUUCGAUAGGAUUGGUAGGAACAAAAUCAAAUCAAAUCAAAAUCACUUUGUUCGUGUAUAUCAAAACAUAUGACACUUAUGAAUAUCAAAAGUUUUCUUUUCAUUUUACAUUUACCGCCAUUUCGGUAAAGGUUGAGCUUUAAUGAGAAGAAAUAACAAGAAACUUAUUGUUAUUUUUUUUAAAUCUACGUCUACAAUUACAGCUUCAUAGUUUAACAAAUAAUUUCAACUACAAUAAUGUAAAGUGAUGCAACAAAAAUACUCAAACAUCAAGUAGGUACUCAAUGCCUUACACGAGUAAGUCAAAAAAGUAAAUAUAAAUUAAUAAAUAGAAACAUGAGUUAUUGAGUAGAUUAGAUGCAUCAAUCCACAUACACCUUAGAUAAAUAAAGGUUUUUGCGAGCAUUUUAUUAGAUAUUGAGCAUUUUAGCAGAGUUUCUAGUAACAGGUGCAUCCGCCACCACAAGUAGCGCCUGUUCACGAGCAUAUCGUAUGGGCAGCAAUCGCCUCCCUCGACCAUAUAUUAGCGAAGGAACGACCCACCCCAUGUUGCCGCCACAAGCAGUAAUAUUUAAGCAAGCAUUACGAAGCCUGUCACAAGAACUAAACCAAAUAACAAAAAAGAAUUGAUCUGUAAAUAAUUGUUAUUAAUUAUAUGUAGUUAUAAUAUUAUG